AUGGGUAUCGAAGAUCAACAGGAAGAGAGAGAGGUCCUCGAAUCUAUCUUUCCUGCGGAGAUCACAGAAUCCAAAGAUGUUUCCGAGACCGAGUUCCGAAUAGCAAUAAAGCUCGACGAUGGCAGACAUGAAGACGACGAGACCGAGGAGGAAGAACCGACAAUCAUCCUCAACGUCCAAUAUCCGCCAAACUACCCCGACGAAGCGCCCCGGCUCGACAUAACACAACCGCCCAAUGCGCCCAAGCACAUCUACCUGGACAUACAAGAAGACAAGUCCCGCCUCCUCUCAUCCCUCACCGAAACCAUCGAAGAAAAUCUCGGCAUGGCCAUGGUCUUCACCCUCGUGACCGUAUUGAAGGACAGCGCAGAGCUGCUCAUCACCGAGCGCCAAAACGCCAAGCAGGCGUUGGCAGACAUUGAGGCCGCAAAAUUGGAGGAAGAGGAGAACAAGAAGUUCCAGGGCGAGGCGGUCACUCGGGAGAGCUUUUUGGCCUGGCGAGAAAGAUUUUACGGGGAGCAGGAGGAGAUGGAGAGGAGGGCAAUAGAGGAGAAGGAGGCCGAGGACAAGAAGGCAAGGGUGAAGAAGGAGGAGAAGAAGAUGACGGGCCGGGAACUUUGGGAGAAGGGUCUAGUUGGAAAAAUGGAUGAUGAUGAUGAGGACGAGGAGGACGUGGUGGACAUUGAGAAGCUAAAGAUUGCUUCAUGA